ACCAGUCUCGAGCCCCACGCAGCCUCCGCAUCCGAUAAAUAAUAGCAUCGUUGAGUUUGGCGUAUAGAGAGCGAAUAUACCAUUUGAAAAGAGCAAGACAAUCAUUAUUUAUUAACCUGUGAGCUCAUUUUCUGGAAUAUUUGGUUGAAGUAUCGUUACUCAUUCUUUAUGGAUAUACAAUAGGGACAAAUCAGCUUUAUAUUCGUUAAUUUACCCUUUUUAUCUGGGCGGCCAGUAAAGCAUCCUGCGUUAAUUCUCAAAAUGGCUGAGAUUACAGAUUUACGACCUGCAUAUGACAUGUCACCGGUGCUGGCCGGUUUUAUCGGUGCGGCGGCGCUGGUGGUUGCCGUGGUGAUCCUGGUUCUCCUGUGGUCCUUCUGCCAGCGUCGACACCUCCGGGUGACGGGCCGAUACAAGCUCCAUGGUGAUCAGUACUGUGACUCGGCUGAAGACCCGCCCUACAAGUUCAUCCACAUGCUGAAGGGCAUCAGUAUCUACCCAGAGUCCCUCAGCAGCAGCAAGAGGAUAGUACGGGUGGCAAGGCGUGCUGGGUGGCAGGGGGAGAGAGACAGAGAGAGGGGUGGCGGCCGCGGGAUGGUCCUGGUGGAUGCGGAGAACAACAUCCUGGACGCGCCUACCCAUCUCCAGAUGAGCCACCUGGUUCCCCCUGCUGGCCAGCCCAGGAUGGAGCGGGCACUGCCCGUCAGGGCCGACUACUGCUGUCUGGAUAGCUCAGCUACCAGUAGCGAGAACAGCAGCAAGACUGUUUCACCUUUCACCCCCGCGUCCUCCGACCCAGAAUCAGAGCCUGAAACCAGCCUGGGCUCCCUCAGCCUGGCUUUAGACUACAACUUCCCUAAGAAGGCCUUGGUGGUGACCAUCGUUGGAGCCCAUGGCCUGCCUGCAGUAGACGAACAGGGGAACAGCUCCGACCCCUACGUGAAGAUGACCAUCCUCCCUGAGAAGAAGCACCGGGUGAAGACCAGGGUCCUGAGGAAGACACUGGAGCCGGUGUUUGACGAGACGUUCACGUUCUAUGGCGUGGCCUACAGCUCGCUGCCCGAGCUCACGCUGCACUUCCUGGUGCUCAGCUUUGACCGCUUUGCCCGCGAUGAUGUCAUAGGGGAGGUGGUGGUCCCACUGACAGAGUUGGAACCCAGCACGGGGCGGGUGCACAUCACCCAGCAAAUCAGCAAGAGGAACAUGCAGUGCGAGAGCCGUGGGGAACUGUUGGUGUCUCUGUCCUACCAGCCUGUCUCCCACCGCCUCAGUGUGGUGGUGCUGAAGGCCAAACACCUGCCCAAGAUGGACAUCUCUGGCCUGUCUGGAAACCCAUAUGUGAAAGUCAAUGUGUUCUACGGACGCAAGCGCAUCGCCAAGAAAAAGACGCACGUGAAGAGGUGCACGCUCAACCCCGUCUUCAACGAGUCCUUCAUCUACGACGUGCCCCCCGAGCUGCUCCCAGAGAUCUCUGUGGAGUUUGUGGUGGUCGACUUUGACCGUACCACUAAGAACGAGGUGGUGGGGUGUCUGCCCCUCGGCCUGCACAGCCCCUGUCCCUCUGGCGCCACCCACUGGCGGGAGGUCUGUGAAAACCCCCGUCGGCAGAUCUCAAAGUGGCACAACCUCAGUGAAUAUUAGCUCCUCCCACCGCCUAAUGCAUUAUAGUUCUACUUGUGUGUAUAGGGGGAGGUGGAGGAGGGGAAGAGAUAGACUUCUUGCUGAGAGAGUGGCUUUUCCUCAUGCCAUACUUUAUCUUGUGAAUAAUACCAACAAAAAAUGAACAACAUUCCUGGUGGGACUUGUACAGUGGACUUUACAGUGGUUAAGGUUCAACUACAGGAUCGAAUCAAAGUAACAAACAUGCAUACAGAUAAACAUACACAUAUAUAACCCACACCACUACAGAAUUAUAGAGACACUCAG